GAGCAAGACAAAAAAGAGGAAAAAAAAAAUCAAAGAGAAGAUUUUUAUGAAUUACCACAGAAUAAAUUGUGUAAAAAACUCAAGGAUGAUGAUGAAAAUUACUUUGAUAUAAACGAAUUAAAUAAUGAGUUGGAAAUAUCAACAGACACAGAUGAAGAAUUAUUUUCAUUUAUCAAAGAGAAUUUUUAUAAGCUGAGGAAUGAAGAAAAAGGCCAUUAUUCUAUCUCAAGUGAUCAAAUUAAUACUGCAGAAAAUAUCUUGCCAUCAAAUAUAUAUAAUAAACUUAAAUCGAAAUAUAGUAAAAUUUUACAAGAUGCAAUUGAAGUAUCAUCACAGGCACAAAGUCUCCUUAAUGUUUUAGAUAAGAUUUCAUUUGAUAAAUAUAAUGACAUUGCCAAAGUUAUUAUUUUAGAAGGAACAAAAG